CUAUGAAUCUUAUUUUAACAUUAUAAAGAUUGUUAAUAUUCUUGUUAAAACAUCUGUGUAUUGUAUUUAGUAUAUGAUCAACUAUGCGGUGCCUAUAUUUGCUGAGUGUUUGUGCUUUCGGGUUUGCUUUGUGUAUCGAAAAUGACUUCAAGGGGUUCGAUGAUACCAUUUUAUUUGGGAUUAAUUGGCCCGGUGCACCAGAACCUGUGGAAAAUUUGGUAGAUGGAGAGAUAAACAAAACACAGCUAAAAAAUAAUAAGGAAAUACUAAAAGUAACAACAUCAAAUAAGGAGCGCUACGAUUGUUACCUACCAGAACUCAAGACGAAGGAGUCUGGUGACACGUCUGAGUAUGAUGGGCCUUCUCCGAUCAAUCUCCUAAAACCGUUGUUUGCGCAGAAGAUAUGCUCGUACAGGUUAGAGAGCUACUGGAGUUAUGAGGUCUGUCACGGACGGUACAUUAGGCAGUAUCAUGAAGAACGAGAAGGUAAACAAGUCAGGACCCAAGAGUAUUUCCUUGGCCACUGGAGCCUUGAGAAGCAAGGAAACCUAGAAAAGGAAAUACAGACGAUGCUUGAUAAUAAAGUCCCACCAAAGACUACCAAAGUUGAUGGCGUAAACUUGCCAUAUGUGGAAAUGUUGCUGGAAAAAGGUACAUUAUGCGACUUAAGUGGAAAACCUCGCAUCACAAGAGUUUUGUAUGUAUGCUACAUCCACGGCAAACAUGAAGUUUAUUCUUUCAAAGAAACAGCGACAUGUGAAUAUGAGAUUAUAAUCCUAUCUCCAUAUUUGUGCGCUCACCCUCAGUUCAAACCUAAGGAUGUUAGCGAAUUGAACAUUGACUGUUUACCGGUUGGAGAUUCACCAAAGAAACCAAGACGUAUGAUAAAUUUAGAGCUUCCAAACAUAGAGGUCAGCCAUGAAGCUUUUAAACUGAUAGACGAUGAUUUGGGAUCUAAGGAUGUUCUAGCAGUAUUGAAAGUUAAAAAAAUUGAGAAGGACGGCGAGACCACUCUCAAGUUUGAGUUGCACCCGAUGACGGAGGAUGAAGAAGGCGCGCAGGAUUCCCUCAAGAUCACUCAAGUUGAGGAAAAGUCUCAUCCGGUUGUGACAGACGACUCGCCUGUCAGAGCGUUCCUGAAUGGAGAGAACUGUCUUAAUGGGGGCACGGGAUGGUGGAAGUACGAAUUCUGUUACGGCAAACACGUAGAGCAGUACCACAUUGACCGCUCUGGUGAGAAGACUUCUUUGUUACUGGGCAAGUUCGACGAGCAAGCGCACCUCGACUGGAUCAAGGAGAACAAGGGAAAAGCGCCCAAACCUGUCGAACAACGCGCAUCAGUGUCUCACUUCUAUUCCAACGGCGACAUAUGCGACAAGACCGGCAAGCCUCGCCAGACCGAAGUUAAACUCAAGUGCCUGGAGAACUCCUCAAGCCCCGCCCAGGUAUCCCUAUAUCUCCUAGAGCCUAGGACCUGCCACUACAUCCUAGGGGUCGAAUCGUCCCUUAUCUGCGAUAUUCUGCCCCUAGCCGACGAGAACGGGCUAAUAAAGUCUCCCAUCACAAACGUGACGAAAGAUGACGCUGUAGUGGAGAAUGAGAUUGACGAUGACGGUGAUGGGAAAGACGACAUAGUCCCUAAAUUCGGCAAUGAUUAGUCAUUAGUUAGUGUGCAAUAAAGUGGUUGUUUAGUUA